CUUCGUCAUCAUCCUCGUUCUCUCUGGCCUAGGGUUUGCAGUCCUCUUCUCCUCCGUUUCACACCUCUCUCUCGCGUUCGGUAGCCAAAGGAGAAUCCACGUGCGUUUCGACGCGUGCGACGAGCGUGAUCAGUAUCAACAACUGUCUUUCUUUUGUUUUUUUCCCUUCCUUCGGAAGAACGCCUUGGUCGGCAUUCCAGGUCGCGGCGAUCCGUGAUCCGGAGCUUCCGGUCCAAAUCGGAGAUCGCCGGGCGGCGGUUUCCGGUGACCCUGCUUGUUCGAGCGAGCUUGGAUCUUCGCGAGGCCGGCUGAAAUUUGUUUUUGGGUUGGGUUGAGUCAGGAGGAGGGAGAUGGAUGGAUCGACGAGAGGGGGCAGCAGUGCGGACAUGUAUUUACCGAACUAUAAGCUCGGGAAGACUCUGGGCAUUGGUUCGUUUGGUAAGGUGAAGAUAGCGGAGCACGUGUUGACCGGGCACAAGGUCGCCAUCAAGAUCCUCAACCGGCGCAAGAUAAAGAACAUGGAGAUGGAAGAGAAAGUGAGGAGAGAAAUAAAAAUCCUGAGACUCUUUAUGCAUCCGCACAUCAUCCGACUCUACGAAGUCAUCGAGACGCCUUCGGAUAUUUAUGUCGUGAUGGAGUAUGUGAAGUCUGGAGAGCUGUUCGAUUACAUUGUCGAGAAGGGCAGGUUGCAGGAAAGUGAAGCUCGUAACUUUUUUCAGCAGAUUAUUUCUGGUGUGGAAUACUGCCAUAGGAAUAUGGUCGUUCAUAGAGAUCUAAAGCCUGAAAACUUGCUGUUGGAUUCUAAAUGGAAUGUGAAGAUCGCAGAUUUUGGUCUGAGCAACAUAAUGCGUGACGGUCAUUUCUUAAAGACAAGUUGUGGGAGCCCCAACUAUGCCGCCCCAGAGGUUAUCUCUGGUAAACUUUAUGCUGGGCCUGAAGUAGAUGUAUGGAGCUGUGGAGUUAUAUUAUACGCUCUUCUUUGUGGUACCCUCCCUUUCGAUGAUGAAAACAUACCAAACCUUUUCAAGAAAAUUAAGGGCGGGAUGUACACUCUUCCAAGUCAUUUAUCAGUAGGUUCGAAGGAUUUGAUCCCACGGAUGCUUAUAGUUAAUCCGAUGAAACGAAUUACCAUUCCAGAGAUCCGUCAGCAUCCUUGGUUUCAAGCUCAUCUUCCACGUUACUUGGCCGUGCCUCCACCUGAUACAAUGCAGCAAGCGAAAAAGAUUGAUGAGGAAAUACUCCAGGAAGUGGUCAAGAUGGGGUUUGACCCUGGUCAACUUGGCGAAUCACUUCGCAACCGAAUUCAAAAUGAGGCUACCGUUGCGUACUACUUGUUAUUGGAUAAUCGUUUUCGACCUUCCAAUGGCUACCUCGGAGACGAGUUUCAAGAAACGAUGGAGUGCAACUUCAAUCGUGGAAAUCCAGGUGAGCUCACCGUUCCAACUGUUGGGCCUCGCUAUGCGCUUCCUGGAUAUAUGGAUUACCAGGGAGUGAAUUCAAAACCAGCAUAUUAUGGUGCUGAGAAGAAAUGGGCUCUUGGUCUCCAGUCUCGAGCCCAUCCUCGGGAAAUAAUGACUGAAGUUCUGAAGGCGCUGCGGGAACUAAAUGUGUGCUGGAAGAAGAUUGGGCACUACAACAUGAAGUGCAUGUGGAAUCCUGGUGUUUCCAGUCAUGAAGGCAUGGUUAGCAAUCCUGUCCAGAGUAAUUAUUUUGGUGACGAAUCUACAAUAAUCGAGAAUGAUGGUGCAACCAAGUCCAGAAAUGUGGUCAAGUUUGAGGUGCAGCUUUAUAAAACGACGGAGGAGAAAUAUCUACUCGAUUUGCAGAGGGUCCAGGGACCCCAGUUUCUGUUUUUGGACCUCUGUGCUGCUUUUCUUGCCCAACUCCGGGUCCUUUAGGAAGAGAAGGGCGAAAAUAUCCACGAAAAGUCCUGCCAAUAAAACUUGCGAAUAAUCACCAUUGGAGGAGGUGUGUAUAUAUUUAACUUUGUCCCUAAGCUUCUCUGUUCUUUGUAUCGGGUUGACCUUUUUUCAAAUUGGAGCCGCCCCCCCCCCCCCCCCCCUCCUCGCGGAAUGUGUAGUUGGCCAAUGUCUCCGCGCUACUGAGGUGGAUGCUUACUAACUAUGGUGAAAGAAUCGACCAUCCCCAAGACUGGCAUGUCGUCGUGUGAGUGGCGUUUAGAUUAUUCCCGGGGGUUACAUUAUAUGUAAGUUUCUUCUUUCCCCUUGGCUUUUGCCAAGAUGGAAAAUUAUAUGUAAGUUUCUUCUUUCCCCUUGGCUUUUGCCAAGAUGGAAAAUUUUAUGUAAGUUUCUUCUUUCCCCUUUUGCCAAGAUGGAAAAAAGUAUGUAGUUCGAUCGUCUUCUUCAGUCAAAUCAGAAAAAUUUUUGCUGGCA